AAGCUCCACUCCCCCAUGUACUUCCUCAUAUCCCUCCUCUUCGGUGUCAAUAUUUUCUGCACCACGACCGUCCUGCCGAAGUUUCUUCUCGGCUUAUCAUUCGAUAUGAACCAGAUCCUUCUGGAAGGCUGCAUAGUUCAGAUGUUUUUCAUUUACUUUAUGAGUGCUAUUGAGUCGGGAGUCCUCCUGAUGAUGGCCCUGGAUAGGUUUGUAGCCAUCUGUAAGCCUCUGAGAUACAACACCAUCAUGACCCAACAUUUACUCGCCCAGUUGGUUCUCCUCGCCGUAGUUCAAGGCAUUGUCCUCGUUGUUCCAAUCGUCGUACUGACUUCCAGGGUCCGUUUCUGUAGAUCCAACGUCAUUCUGAAUUUUGUUUGUGAGAACAUGGGGCUUCUGAGUCUGGCCUGUGAUGACAUCUCCAAAGUUCAUGUGGCGGGAUUUUUGAGUAAGGUCAUUUUUACGCUAGUGGAUUUCGGUCUCCUUGUGGGGUCCUAUUCUUAUAUUUUAUACACGGCCAUGAAGAUAGUUGUUGGGAAAGCUCGUCACAAGGCCUUACACACCUGCCUCACCCAUGUGACUGUGGCCAUGCUUAUCUACCUCUGUUCACUUAUAACAUCCAUCGUGUACAGAAUGCGUACACACAUUUCCUACGACGUCAAGAACCUCUUCAAUGCCAUCUAUCUCCUGCUUCCAGCCCUUGCCAAUCCCUUUAUAUAUGGCGUAGGGGUCAAAGAGAUCAGACAAUGCCUCCUCAAAUCAUGGAAGACCAAGAAUACGAGUCUCUUUUCAUAA